UGAAAUACUACAAAGCGUCAAAAAAUAAAAAAUAAAAUAAAUAAAUAAAAUUGGAUUUACAUAAAAGAAAAUUUGGAGUUUGUCGAAAAUUUUUUGAUUGAUAUAAAAUAUGGAUAUUAAUGCAGAUAAUCAGCAGGCAGCAGAAACCCAGGAUGGAACAAAGGAUGAUGACGAGGACGCAGAAUCAGUUAAUAGGCCGCCAGAUUCGAUCACUAUCGGAACAUCCCUUGCGAAGAAUUGUUCAGAUGCAUUGCUCAAUACGAUCACCAAAGAACUCAAUGAUGAAGGGGAAGCUGAAAAUGAAGAGGAUACAACACCCGAAGAGGGUGUCAGUUUGCUUGCAGCAUACAGCGAUAAAGUGUUCAAGCCAUUUCCAAUGGCUUUGUUGACGCUUGAGGGCACACACACAACAGCCACCACCACCGAGUCGCAGGGAAGCGUUGCGAACGCAGCAGGUUUGCUUAAACAUGUCAGCUUCGAGAAGGUCAUGGAAGACGUUGACAUACCGACACCAUCCACCAGCCAAGUGGUGGAGAAUGUCAAAGAGUAUGUGAAACAGAUCGAAAGCCUGAUGGAAAAUGGCGAGAGCCUUGUGGACAUAUCACCACGUCACAUGGCGUCGCCACAGCCUAGGGCGGCACAAAUCAUAGAGCUCCCUUGGGAAUCGCUAACAUUGGAGUCUGUUAAAGAUGCAUCGGAUAUAAGCUAUACCAGCAAACUCAGCGAAGAACCCGGUUCAUUUGGCGAAAUCGAGCGCAUGGCGCACGAUGAAGUGGAACGUAUUGUGGCAGAAAAUUUGGCUUCCACUCCUGUACAACUUAAUGAAGCACCGAAUUUUCAACAGGUGGAGCGUGAAAACAAAGAGAUCGCCGAGCGUUUUAAGCAGAUCAUGGAAAUGUUCGAUAGUUUCACCAAAAAUCUAGAGAGUCUCGAAAUGCCCACCAUACAAUCGUCAGGGAAAAAUACUAAGAAGACAUCGCCUCCAUUGCGCAGGCCGCUGAGCUUCAAGCGCUUGCCCAACACUGAGCCGAAUGUGAGUGAGCAUGCAGAUGCUGCUUCCGGCAAUAGUAUGCACAAUGAAUUUAACUUGGAGUUGCAUGGCGAUCGAUGGAAUGAGUCCACAUUACCGGCAGCAAAAGCCGCAGCGGCGACAAAGAGUCUAAAGAACGAGCCUCACAAUACGUCCAGAAGCAGCGCGCAAUCGCAACGGGCGGAAGCUGCUUUAGAUCCAAUGUGUCGUGACAUAGCCACCACAAUCAGUGGCUUAGAGUUGCUCGAUGAAGAGCCGCUGACGGUAUCGUACAGUGCUAAGCCGCGUACUUUCGCAAUGCGUCCACAUGAAGUGCAUAGCCUAACUACCAUUGGCUGUCAGACCUCAUCUGAUUUCUUUGCUUUGAAAAUGACACCCUCAGUUAGCACGUCCUUCAGUAAUUUACACACAGUGACCAAAGAUUACGCACAACGGGAUGAGGACAUUGUCAAUGCGCUCAUAAUCGACUCCACAACGGAUGCACCUACCAGCUCGUCUUUAUAUGUGGGCACCAAUUCGUUCACUGAUCACACCGAAACCAGUGGCAUUACUAUCAUUCAACCGAAGAAUAAAAUUCUUGGCACAUCCGAUCAGUCGUCAUUGGUGAAGAUACGUGAACCACCAACUAUUAUCGAUUUAACGCAGGAUUCCAAUGCGCCUCAUAUCACCUCACUUGUCACUGGUGUCACAGGCAACACAACGUGCACGGACACGCCUUGUGAGCGCACCUACCACACCAUACACAUCGAAGCCAACUCCUCGCCCUCGUCCAGUUUACUGCGUCGUCCGCCCUUAUGUUCACGUCUCUGGAAUGUCAUCACCGAUUUCUGUGCUGCUGUCUGCCUUUGCCUACAGGUUAAUAAGGAUUGUCUUUUCUGUUUGGGUUUCUUUAUUGCAUUUGUUGUGAGCGCUUCAUUCUUAACGGCUUUUUUCUAUCGUACUUUGAGCAUAAAUCCACAUCUACUUCAAGUGCCAGCAGCACCGCCAAACAUCGCAAGCCAUUCAAAAACGUUGCAGAAUAUUCAAAAUGAUAUCUCUUUGUAUGGUGUGUGAGGUGAUAGCAUAAAAAUUCGUGUGCGUAAGAGAGAGAGGAGAGCUUUCGGCGGUAUGAAAGCUUUAGCCAUGCGUGCGCUUGUGAUGUGAAAGCUCACUGCUGAGCUUUCGAAUGCUGGGUGUGGAUUAUAUGUAAACAUUUUCUUAUUCGAGUUCGAACAGUGUACGUGCUUUGUAUGUAUGUGUAUGUGUGUGUUUUUGGAUAAGCGUUUGUGUAUUUGUUGGCAUGUAAAUAUGUAUGUAAUGUAAACUUCCAUGUAUGUACAUUUCAUUUGUAAGAUUUGAAUUUUUCUAUCUAAAUUGUUUUAUUAUCACUCAUUUUGUUCAUUAAGUCCACAAAUUUACGCACAUACGCUUACACACAUGCACAUACAAAGGCUUCUAACAAAAUACCGAUAGCCUUCAGCUUAGUUGAAUUAUAAAAGGAUGAUGCCUUAGAAAGUUCUAAAUAAAUCUAUUGUGAAAAAAAAAUA